AUGCGGAAAACACAGUUAAAGAUUCUUAAACUUUUGCUUUUAUUGACCUUCACAGAGAUGUGUGCUGCUCAAAAUGGCAUCACUUUGUCAGUAUUUACCGUCACAUCUAAGAGUAUGACGGUGCAGUGGAGUGGCCAAACUGGUGCCAGCUCCUACAAGAUCACAGCAACACCCAAGAACUCUCCAAAACAAUCCGUCUUUGCUCAGUUCGGUGGCAGCACCGUGAUGGGCUCAGUCAACUCCCUGUCGCCAAACACAGUUUACACCAUGCAGCUAGAAGCUAUGGACAAUGCACUCAAUGUCCUCAGCAGCGCAGAGACAGAGGAGACAACAGCUCCUGACGUCCCAAGCAUUAAACAGGCCUACUCCAAACACAGCGACAGCAUCACUGUGGAGUUCACAGAGGUUUCAGGGGCAACUAGCUACAUCCUGAGGGCAGAGUCGGAGGUUGGUAAUUUCUUCUCUGAGACCGUGGUGACCGGCUCCCCGGGUACUGUGGUGCAGCUCCAGCCCUACACAGUCUACAGCAUGAGUGUCAUGUCUGUCAACUCUGGGGGGAGGAGUCAGCCCUCAUACCCCGUCAAUGCUCGAACAGUGAUAAAGGCACCCACAUUGAACACCACCUCCCCUAACAAUGGCACCAUCAUUGUGACUUGGACCCCGGUUGAGCACGCCGUCCUCUACACGCUCUGCCUUAUCCAAGAGGGCUCCAGCUCCCGCUUCAAACUGAACACCACUGACACCACAGUGACCUUUAAUAACCUUGAAGCAGGGACUAACUACUUUAUCAAGGGCACAGCCUGGGACUCUGAUGGUCGAGCUGGAGACGACCUCACUGUCAGUCAGAUCACACGUCCUGGCAGCCCAGAUGUGACCCUCGUCCAGGUGACUCAGGGUCGAUCUCUUGGUGUUGCUGUGUACUGGGAGUUAGCGCAAGGAGCUGACAACUACAUAGCUUGGACCACUAAUGGCCAAAACUGUACUUCAGCAGCUAAUAGUAACUGUUUUAUUGCACCUGUGGAGUGUGGCCAGAACCACUCUGUCUCUGUCAUAGCUUUUAACCAAGCAGGUCCCAGCAGACCCUCGCAACCAAUAGACUACAUUACAUAUCCCUGUCCCCCAGAGAACAUCUGGGUGGAGGAAUCCAAAGCAGGCAACUGCUCUGUGGUGUGGGAUAAGGUGCCACUGGUGGAGUUCUACAUGGCCUUCAUAAAGAGGGACGACGGGACAGAGAAGUCAUGUAACACCACUGGAACCACUUGCCCAUUUUUCUGCAUGUGUGGCUACACCUACCUCACCACUGUCUUCCCCUACAACCAGGCCGGCUCCAGCCCUGUCGCUCCUGUUCGCAAUUACACCACCAUUCCUUGUUGCCCACAGGAUGUUACCAUAAACCUAGUUUCUACAGAGACCCUGGAGAUCAUGUGGUCACCAGUCAAAGGGGCCGAGUUAUAUGAGACAACAGCAGCACAGACUAAUGAUGUCAUCCACUGUAAUGACACGGCACCCGUGUGUGCGCUGUCUGAUUUGAAGUGCAACACAGCUUAUUCUGUGACUGUCACACCAUGCAGCGACUUACGAGGAUGCAACCUUACCUGCACACCACAAACACGUGAGACAGCUCCGUGUGCCCCGGAGAUCCUGAGUAUGACACAAACCAACAGCUCCAUAUACCGUGUCCUCUUCACUACCCCCAACACCCUCAACACAAAUUAUACCAUCACUGCCAUUGGACGCUAUGACAUACACACUUGCAACGCGAGAAAUAACUCCUGUGAGCUCACACAGCUGCCCUGUGGGUCAACCUAUGAGGUCACGGCAGUGGCCACCACAUCUGUGGGGAGAAGUCUACCUGGAUACAGUAAACCUUUGGAAACAGGUCCUUGCUGCCCCGUGUCUAUUAAUGUCACCCAGGUCACCCAGGCUAUGACCAACGUGACCUGGGCACCUGGUGGAGGAGCUCGCUCCUACAUCACCACCCUGAUGUCCUCACGCGGCUACGCCAAGUGUCACACCCUGGACACCCACUGCCUGAUGGGAUGCAUCACCUGUGGCACCACCUACAGCGUCAUCCUGGAAGCCAUCAGCAGCACAGGAUACAAGUCAGAGUGCAGAUAUCGUGGAUUCUCAUCAAGUGCCUGUUGUCCAACAAAUGUCAAGCUCUAUCGCAGGGCCAACCAGUCCCUCAGGGUGUACUGGCUCUCUUUGGGCCCUCAGAUUCAGAACCACACAGUAGAGCUGUAUGGGACAGGAGCCAACUACUCCUGUAUCGCAGCUCCCGGCAACAUGUACUGUGAUAUCCAGGAGGAAACAUGUGGGGACGUCUACACAGUAGUGGCCACACCAGUUGGACAAAAUGGGAUCAAAGUCAGCUUUUGUCAACCCAGGACAUACUCGGUUCCCUGCCCAGGAAUUAAUAUUGGCAUGGUGAUCUCUCGCGGAAAACGAAGUGUGGAUUAA